CCAGCCAUGUCCAGCCUGGGGCUCCUGCUCCUCCUCCUGCUGGCACCGCUGCCGCUGCAGCCCUCCUCGCUGCCACCGCCGGACACCCCAGAGGGCAAGGCCGCCAUCACGGGCCUCAUCCUCUCUGCACUGGAGAGAGCCACGUCCUUCCUGAAGAAGAGGCUGCCCGAAGUCAACCUGGACGGCGUGGUGGGGUUCCGGGUGCUGGAAGUGCAGCUAAAAGGCGUGCAGGAGGAGUGGGCCUGGGACCCCCCGCUGCAGCCGCUGACCCUGCGUGUGGGGAAGCUGGUGGACGAGCUGGCACCUCUCCUGCACGGAUCCGUUUUCUACCUCAAGCUGAGCGACCCCAAGUACCUAAGAGAGUUCCAGCCAACCAUCCAGCCUGGGUUUUGGAAGCUCCCGCAGGCCUGGACCCGCACCAACGCCUCCAUGGUCUACCCCACAGUCGAGCCCCAGGACUCUUUCUCUGAGGAACACAGUGACUCGUGCCUGGUGCAGCUGCUGGGAACCAGGGGGGACGGCAGCCAGCCCUGCAGACUCUCAGACUUCUGCAGGACGCUCAUGAGCAAGCCCGGCUGCUCAGGCUACUGCCUGUCCCACCAGCUGCUCUUCUUCCUCUCGGCCAGAAUGAAGGGCUGCACGGAGGGGCUGUUCCACCAGACCCAGCACUACAUGCACCUCUUCUGCGCCAACAUGAUGGACCUGAACCGGAGAGCUGAGGCCAUCGGAUACGCCUACCCGACCCGGGACCUCUUCAUGGAAAACAUCAUGUUGUGUGGAAUCAGCGGCUUCUCCGACUUCUACAAGCUCCGGUGGCUGGAGGCCAUUCUCAGCUGGCAGAAGCCGCAGGAAGGAUGCUUCGGGAGGCCUGCUGCUGAAGAUGAAGAAUUAUCGAAAGCCGUUCAACACCAACAGCAUUUUUUGAGAAGAGUAAAGAGACGAGAAAAACAAUUUACAGAUGGCUGCUCCUCCCACAACACCGCCAUGGCCGUGGCGGCCCUGGGCGGCUUCCUCUACGCCCUGGCAGAAUACCCCCCAGCAAACGGAGAGCGGCGGCUGUACACACCGGCACCACCCAACGGCCACUGACACGAUGGUGCCAGGCCUGCCACCCGCCAGGAAGACGAAACACACACCUUCCGUUCCUCCUUUCUUAAGGACCACAUCCUGAGGAGGAGGCAGACAGCAGAGCAACCAG